GUAGUCACAAAAAUAUUGUAGAGCACAAAUUGGCUUGUGAGAAAAAGCAGACAUCUGAUUGGUUGAGAAGGAUCCAUGUUCAUUUCACACGAAUCUGUCAGUCAGUUGUUCAUUGAACAGCAGUAGAAUAGUAGGGUGUCUGUCUAGUAUGGGGAAAAAUAUAGCUGCAAGUAAAUUAACCUUAUAUUGUAUGGCUAUUUUUAAAGCGGAUAUACAUUUCUAAUAACAGAUAUUCAAUUAGAAGUAAAGUUCGUUUCUAAGGACGUAUAAAAAGUGGAUUUAAAAAAGAUCUGCUGAUAGAUUCCAGAGAGGACUUAAAAGUUUCUAGCGCAGGGAUUUUUUCUCAGACAAAAAAGAUUGGUGAAAAUUUCAAUACACGCACUAUAAAUAUAGAUAUCGAUGUGGAAGUAUCUAGAAAUUUAAAUGUGGAUAAAAUUAACAUAUAAACCAUAUGAAGAAAAGGGUGAAGGAAUUAACAGUUAGGAGUGAAGAUGUUCUUUACUGGAAUCAAAUGGAUCUGGAUAUGUUCCUGUAUAAUUCUUGGACAAGCUGACCCAGAGCCAUCUGCCAAUGCAGAUCCUGUACGAAAUGCAGCCAACACUGCACGAGGAUUUCAGUCACUGUCUUCCAACCCUCGUAUUACGGAACACCCUCAGGAUGACUUUUUUGCUAAGAAUGAGCCGGCAACCUUGAACUGCAAAGCUGAAGGCGACCCACCACCGACGAUCACCUGGUACAGAAACGGUCAGCCUGUGGAGACUAAUAGGGAAAACCCAAUUUCGCAUCGGAUGUUACUGGAUAAUGGGCAGUUGUUUUUCCUCCGUGUAAUUCAUUCCAAAAAUAACCAUCCUGACAUUGGAGAAUAUUACUGCAACGCUACAAAUAUACAUGGCUCAGUUACCAGUAAAACAGCAAACAUUCAGAUAGCAGUUCUGAAGGACAACUUUGUAGAGGAGCCGUCAGACACUACAACUGCUGUUGGUCAGAAGGUUGUUCUUCAUUGUAGCCCGCCAAGGGGAAAACCGGACCCUAAAGUGAUCUGGAGAAAGAACGGAGAACUUGUCCAAACUGAUGAUAGGAUACAUAUAACAGAGGAAGGAAAUCUCGAAAUAGAUUCUGUAGAGAAGAUAGACAUUGGAGAAUAUUUAUGUCUGGCAAUCAACACUGGUGGUGAAAGGCAAAGCAGACCCGCUCAGUUACGAGUCCUAGAUGUGCCGGUUUUUCAUAAGUUACCUAAGAAUGUUGACGUUGAGGAGGGUGAGGAUGCCCAGUUUUUCUGUGAUGUCAUGGGAGAUCCACCAAUCAAGGUGCGCUGGAGUAAAGAGGGCGGAGCCAUCAGCUUUGGCAGGGCCAGGGUUUUGUCAGACCAUACUUUGCGUAUAGAGAAUGUGGAGUCCAAUGAUGAUGGUGUAUAUGUCUGCUCGGCAGAGAACGCAGCUGGAUCUACACAGGCUACAGCCAGGCUUGUUGUCUAUUCUUCUCCGUCAUUUCUGGUUAGUCCGAGAGACCAAGUGGUUGCUAGGGGACGUACCGUAUCACUGCAGUGUGUUGCUAAGGGCAACCCACCACCUACUGUGUUCUGGAGCAAGGAAUCUCAGGAGAAUCUCAUGUUUCCGAAUCGAGACUCGGGCCAUUAUUCGGUUGCUGAGGAUGGAACUCUUCGUAUCGAGGCAGUGAAUGACUCUGACGCUGGUGUUUACGUCUGCGAGGCUCUCAACACUAGGGGAGCUGCAUAUGCCUCUGCUAAAGUAGAGGUCAAAGCAGAGAGUGCAUUCAUUCUUCCAGCCCAUGACAGUCGGCCACCACCAAUUAUAAAAAUUGGGCCUCAGAACCAAACACUCCAUGUUGACUCAGUAGCAUUACUUCAAUGUGAGGGAGAUGGCAAACCAAAACCUAUCAUACGAUGGUAUAAAAAUGGCCGCCCACUUCUGAUGUCUGGUCCACGCUAUGCUCUGAGAGAAUCUGGGACGUUACAAAUAUCAGACUUGAAGAUGCAGGACACUGGCUCUUACACAUGUAAAGCUAUUAGUGAAACAGGGGAAACAACUUGGCAAGCCUUUCUUACAGUUGCUAGUGACUUUGGUCAAGAGACUGUGAAAUCUGUAGCUAUAAGUUUACUGCCAGACCCACCCACAAAACCAGUAGUUAGUGAUGUAACUGACACAUCUGUGCAUCUGUCCUGGUCACCUGGGGUUCAGACUGGACAGUCACCUGUGUCGGCAUUCUAUGUGGAGUACUUCGGCUAUGAAACAACUGAUGGUAUAUUUGAACAUACACUGGUUUCUUCUGUUUAUCUAGAAACAUUGUGCAAAUCUGUGAAUGUAUUAAAAAGUGAAAACGUCUUAUUCUUCAUAGGUCACAAACCCAAACAUUUGAAGCCAUACCUUGCCGAGGCAGAUAUUAGACGACUACUGAGUGGAGAUAUAGUGGAGAUAGAUUAUACACAUUCUGUCAACUCCUCUGCCAUCAGUCUCAGGUGGAGGAUAUUGAAAGGAGAUGACAUUAUAGAAGGUUUCCAGAUUUUGUACAGACAAAUUCUCGACAUCAGGCGUCUAACAUACGGAGAAACAAAGACCAUUCACGUUCCUCCAACAGUGACGACAUACAUUGUGACUGGGUUGAAGAGUUAUAGCUGGUAUGAGUUACGGGUCCUGGCAUACAGCGGCAAGAUCCAGUCACUGUACAGUCAUCCAGUGAAAGUUCAAACGGCCGAGGAGAAUUACCUACCUGGAGCUCCAAAAGAUGUUACAGUACACAAGAUAUCCGAGGACAGUGUAUCUGUGGUGUGGGGGCGGCCGGACACCACGCAUAAACACUUCCUUAUUACAGCAUACAAGGUAUUCUGUGUGAGUGCUACCCAGAAGGAGAACUGUAGUGUAGCAGACAGAUCGGACUACAUACAUGUACAUUUGUUUAUUUCAGAUGCAAAUGGAGUGCAGUUUGUUUCUGCGGGUUCAGAUCUUCAGAGUACACCAAAAUCUGUGACGGGAGAAGAAUCUGGAGAAGAGGACCUGUUUAAGCGUUCAUGGUUUGUCGGUCUGUUGAUAGCUGUGGGUGGGGUAAUGUUAUGGCUACUCCUGUGCAUCUUCUCAGUAUGGCUGUGUAAAAGAAAGAAGCAUCGGAAGAAGAUGAAGGACCAAAGGUUCUAUACUGGAGUACCAGUAUGUAAAGGUGAAGAGAACAACAGGAAAAACAUGAUGUAUCCACCACAAUAUGCAGUCAAAGAUCAGAGGAUUCAUUGUACUAACGAUUUAGAUUUACCGCCAGAGUUAAGGGUCCUGUUGCCAGGUCAGAACAAGCAAGAACAAGAAGAUGACAAUAUUUACAAGAUGGCUGGAGAUGGUAGUUUUCCUGAAUUAAAGACGUUCUAUCAGAGAGUGGACCCAGUGGCACCAUAUGCAACUACUGCUCUUAUACAGCAGCAACAUCUGAUGAAACAAAGGCAACAGGGUAUAGAGAAUAUGUUCCGUCCAAUAAACCAGGGUUAUAUUCAGCACAGUGAGGGGUCAGCUGACAGUUGCCAGAAGCCAGCUCUGAGUACCGAUUCAAACCCGGACCAAAGUCAUCAUAGUCACUCCACAACUGACCAUAACCACAGCGACCACAUGAGUCCAACUAGCGACAGUGGUAGCCAUUCAACAGAUGAAAAUGGCUUACUCAUCAAGCAGAAAAAGAGGAGUAAUUCAAAGAAAGAUAACACCACCCCUAAACAGGCUGUUAACGUGAACUGGUCCGAGGUGCUUCCUCCACCACCUGAACACCCUCCACCAAGUGAAUGUGGUGAGCCACCUUUAUAUAGUGAAGUAAGAGGAGACAGCCGUAGUAAUACACGCAGUCCGAUGUCCCCGGUAUCAUUUUCGCAGUUAUCCGCGUGUUCUUGUCCAAAUCCACAUACGCAGACACCAGUUUCUGGAUGGAAUAUGCCAGUGUAUUCAGACAAUGAGUGUCCACGAUGUCACUCUGAAAAAUAUUUUGACCCAAUGAAUUACUGCCAUGAUGCAUAUAUAAGAAGGACUCAUUCACCCAGGAUGCAAAUGUUACAACAUGUAAAUAAUAGAAAUAUACCCAAUACUGCACAUACGUGUUCUCCGAGAGCAACUCCAAGCGGAAGUGUUCAGUACUCACAGCCCCAAAGGGGCUAUCAUUCAAACUGUGCUACCCCACAAGGGGAAAAUAGUAAAUCAAAUAUAAAAAGGGCUUCGCAUAGCUCCCAUAGUGACAAUGAAGCUCCCAGUAUUAUGCCAUGUUUUCAGUCGUAUAAAAUAACACCAAAGAGUGAAAAAGACUAUAGAUUCAUGCACGAAGAGUGGGGCCCUGACCCAGCACCCCCUUGUCAGUGUGAGCAUGAUUCGGGAAUGGGAAUGGAGGAGGAUGGAAUGAGCAUGGAUCGAGCAUGCCAGUCGUCACUGCCGAGCAUAGCUCCUGGUGACUGUGUGAAUAAUUAUAAUGUGAGGCCAACAAUGUCUUCCAGUAUGCAGGAUAGAUACCAAUGUGAUUCCCCCACCUCGGAGGGGGCUGACUAUGCCACGGAGUCGGACUUGGAGCCAAGUCAUGAACAACCUACAACUUACACUGGAAGUACAGAUCAUAACACUGAUUGUAGCAGUGUACAGUCAAGCACGUGUAGUUCGGGUGAUGGUACAUUCCUCACAGAGGAGGACUUUGCUAGUGCUGUAGCACGUGCUGCAGAAAUGUCUGGCCUUACAGUGAUUGGUACAACAGUCUGUGAUCCUAAUAACAAAUCCAAAAAAGAACGUCGGCCCCGAAGACAGGCACGUCCCAUAAGUCCAGGCUAUUCCACAGACAGUAAUUAUGGGUCUAUAGAUAUGAUUCGCAAACCUUACCCGAAGUCUCAGCGUAAACAACAGCUGAUAGAGCAAGGGAAAGGGAAGUUCCAGCCAGUCAGCGAAAAUACAAACAAGGCAAAUAAAAAUGGAGUUUAUGACACACCAUAUGCAAGAACAGGUUAUCCCAUGAAUAUUUCCCAACCUGCUUUCCCUCUUCCUCCUGCAAGAUUUGCCUCCCUUGGUAGAAAUCAAGUCCCAGAUGGCAGCACUAGAAUGUCUCCACUAGAUGGCAGCAGAAGUAUAGACAGGGGAGGUUACUCUAGCUUUAUAUAUCCCCAAAAUAUAGCUGAGAUGCAACUAAAAGAAGAUAUAGUAUGAAGGAGUGACUCAAUUAGGACUGUAGUGUGUCAGCUUGAGAGGAGACUGCAAGGAAGAGGAAUUUUUAUACUCAGUAGGACUUGGAUAUAUAUGUAAAAAAAUUCAGUAAAACUGCAGAAUAGACUGGCUUGCCACAUGCUGAUAAAAAUUGAAAAGACCAGUGUUCGCUGGCAAAAAAACCCACAAAACACUCUGUUCAAAUGCCAGUGGAUCUUUUCAUCAAGCAUAAAGGGCAGUAUGCAGUAUAAGUAACCAGACUGGUGCUAUUUCAUAUAGCAGUGCUUAGUUAUCGGAAAGGAUUCUGUUGACAGAACAGGGAAUUGUUGUUACUGUUUUAAACAGUGGAAGUGAAAUUAUUUACAUACAAUAUAGAUGAAGAUAUUGUUCCUAUGAAGUGGGAGAUGAAACAUUUUUGAAUGUUUGGGAAUGUUUUUCUGUAUUUUGGCUUGUUAAAAGCUGACUUAAAGUGGGAGUAAAUUAUUACCAAGAAAUGGCAGUGAUAAAACAAUUGUUUUUGAAAUGGUUUGCUUUAAAGGUACUUUUUCCAUAUAUACUGCAUUAUGUUUGUUUCUAAAAAUGACUGAAUGUGAAAAUUGAAUUGUGACCCAGUGCUAGUUUCAUGUUAUUUCUAUAUUGCCUGCAUGUAUACAUGUUUUAACUUGAAUCAGAGUUAUGUGUCUGAUGAAUAUAAAUUAAUUCUUAAUUAUUCAUACUAAUACAUUUUUAUUAUCUUGAUGGUAGCAGAAAACUUUGAGGCUAUUCAGUCACUUUCAAUUUAUCUUUAAUAAUUGAACAGAUAUUGGAAAAUGUGCCUUUAAAACAAAGUCAAAAGACAGUGAUAUCUUAUAGAAGUAUUAUAUUGUCAUUUAUAUAUUAAAUUUGAUAUAUGUGGAGCACAUAAUGACAGUUAAAACUGCUGAAAUCCAAAUAGGACUAGUAUUUCAUGCAUAAUAUAUUUUUAUGGUAUUUAUUUAUGGUUUUGUUUUAUAUUUGGAUGUUUGAGGUAUAACAGUAGUUCUGCAUGUUAGGAUCAAACAAUUUUCUAUUUUAACCCCAGUUUUCCAAAGCAUAUUGAUAUACCAAGAAAUUUCAGCCAGUAAAAAAGUUUAGUGCUUACAAAGGUACAUAGAAUUCUACAGGAAAAUCAUAAUUUUUGUGACAUUUUCUUGUAUAUAAAAAAAUCAUGCAGUAUACCAUAGUUUUUAAUGAAACUUCAUACAAUUGUAAAUUUAAAUAUUUUGUAUCAUGUUUAUAGGCCAGAGUUUUUGAUUUUGAUUUCAGUGAUUGCCCCUGAUUCAAGAGAACCCUAAAUUUUAGACGGACUUUUUGACUUUUUUUGAAAAAAAGUAUUCUUCAUAAAAACAUGUUUAUUAUUAGAAAAUUAGCAAGGUUGUUAGUUAUAUAGUAAGAAAGGUGCCACCAGUCCUGUUUGUUGCAUGGCAGAGAUAAGAUUAUUUUCAAAGAAUAAAUGCAACUUUUCAUGGGGUUUGGUAUGUUUUUAGUGGGUCUCAUAUUUUCUUCAGACUUAUUUUGCAUUGAGGCACUUUCACAGACAUCUUUACAUACAUAGUAGGUACUGUGAAAUGAAAAUAUGCCAACAGGGUUAUGUAGCAUACUUUUUCCCCACUUGUAGACUUUGAACAAAAUAGACAUAAUGUAUCUUCACCACAUUUGGUUAUUUUCUAAAAGCCAAGACUUCAAAAUUCUAAAGAAACAUUAUGUAACAAAAACUGAAAAAAAAUCUUCUAUUUGAAACUGUAUGUUCAGUUGAUGCCUAAAUAUAAGAACAAAACGGUAUGUUCAGUUGAUGCCUAAAUGUAGUAACAAACCAGUAUGUUGAUGUCUAAAUGUCAGAUGCAAACAGUAUGUUCAGUUGAUGCAUAAAUGUAGGAAAAGAACAGUUAUGUUCAGUUAAUUUCUAAAUGUAGGAACAAAACAGUAUGUUCAUUAGAUGACGAAAUGUAAGAAUAAAGUUGAUGUCUAAAUGUAGGAACAAAACAGUAUGUUCAGUUGAUGAAGAAAUGUAAGAAUAAAGUUGAUGUCUAAAUGUUGCAUAAUUGUAGGAAGUUGUAGAUGCUUUCAUAGUUUUUUAUGUGACUUGUCUAAGUCAGCUUUAUACAGUGCAAUAGUUUGUAUAUUUUGCAAAAUAAAGUUGUACAGAUAUUAUUAUAUUAUAAGGUUUGUAAAUAAUAAGCUUUGUUAAUAAAUGUUAUAUUGGCGAUGAGUAAAGAUCAGCAUCUUUGUGCUAAUUGUGAACAGAUCCUGGAAAGCAUUAGCAUGUGCCUAGGAUCGAUUCUGUGAAUAAAACUGGGAACCAUCUAGCAUAUGCCAGAGAUUGGUUCAGUAAAGAAACUUGGGAACCAUCUUGUUCCAUAAUUUUUACACCAAUAUACUUACAGGGUUUUAAGGUGUUUGUAGAAAUUGUAGAAAAAAUUUUUCCUGUAGAGAUGAAAGGGAAUGCAGAAUGAAGCACAAACUGAUGUGUGAUAGAUAUAUAAUAUACAAAGACGCAAUUGAAUAUGUAAAUAGAUUACUGUUUCUAUUGUAUUAUUUAAAAAAAAGUUCUAAACUAAAAUUAAGUAAAAAAAUAAAUAUA